AUGGAGGACAACCCAGAACCAAGACCCAGACAGCAGAUGGAUCAAGACACAUUCAUUUUCAACUUUAAUAAUGACCCUUCAGUCCGUGGACGGCACCAGACCUUCCUGUGCUAUGAGGUAGAGCACCUGGACGAUGACACCUGGGUCCCACAGGACAAGUACUUGGGCUUCCUGCACAACCAGCCUCAGAGUCGUAGCAAUGCCUAUUGUGCUUACCAUGCAGAGCUGUGCUUCCUGGAGCUGGUUUCUUCUUGGCAGCUGGACCCUGCUCAGCGCUACAGAGUCACUUGCUUUAUCUCCUGGAGCCCCUGCUCCAGCUGUGCCCAGGAAGUGGCUGCAUUCCUGAAGAAGAACAGACAUGUGACCCUGCGCAUCUUGGCUGCCCGCAUCUAUGAUUAUUACCAGGGAUAUGAAGAUGGGCUGCGCACACUCCAGGGGGUGGGGGUCGACAUCACCGUCAUGACCUCUGCAGAGUUUGGGCACUGCUGGAACACCUUUGUGGACCACCAGGGAAGUCCCUUUCAGCCCUGGGAGGGGCUGGAUCAACACAGUCAAGUCAUAUGGCAGAGGAUGCAGGACAUUCUCCAGGUGAUUCCAGCAAAAUACCUUAUGGAGAAGGUCAAGUACACUGUCACAGUUGACAUCCUCUUCAAGGGCCGAGUCCCUGGGCCCAGAUACCUGAUGGAUCAAAACACAUUCACUCGCAACUUUAUCAACAACCUGUCAGUAUCUGGGCGGCGUCAGACCUUACUGUGCUAUGAGGUGGAGCGCCUGGGCGGUGACAUCUGGGUCCCACUGGACCAGCUCAGGGGCUUUCUACUCAGCCAGGCUCGGGAUGUCCUCAAUUAUUAUCAAGGUCGUCAUGCAGAGCCUUGCUUCCUGGACCUGGUUUCUUCUUGGCAGCUGGACCCAGCCCAGCACUACAGGGUCACCUGGUUUAUCUCCUGGAGCCCCUGCACCAGCUGUGCACAGGCAGUGGCUGCAUUCCUGAGAGAGAACCGACAUGUGACCCUGCGCAUACUGGCUGCCCGCAUCUAUGAUUAUCACCAGGGAUAUGAGGAGGGGCUUCGCACACUGCAGAGGACAGGAGCCCACAUUGAUAUCAUGACCUUCAAGGAGUUUGGACACUGCUGGAACACCUUUGUGAACCACAAGGGAAGUCCCUUUAAGUCUUGGACUGGGCUGGAUCAACACAGUCAAGCCCUAAGGAAGAGGCUGCAGGACAUUCUUCACACGAUGGCCUCCUCCCUCUGGGACCAGAGCGAACCCAAGAAGCCUAUACCCUCUCAGGAGGUGACACUCCCUGAGUCCAUCCCACCUUCACAUGGGAACAGGUUCCGUCUUGUCAAGAGACCUUCCUAG